AAACUGCAAAAUCCAUCAAAAAGAGGUCCUCUUCCAUGAACAAACUCGUCCCUUUCGCUGUUUCUUCUUUUGCGUCUUUGAAACAAUUGGAAGAGUUACAAUGAGAGAGGAGCCGUUUCUCCCACUUCCAAAUAAAAACCAUUGCCCUGCACAUACCUCCGUUCGAAGUAACGCCCAGCCCAGCAACAGACUGAUCUGAUCCUGUCACGAUCCACACGACCGCUGGAACUCGGAACCAGGCCCAUAAUAACCACGCGGGAUAUCCGUACAAAUAUCCGACAUCCGCAAUCGGCCGACUACUGCGCCCUUGAUAUCAAGUCGUUAUCAAGUGGCCCUGAGUAAGACCCAAGUUGGAGAAAAAAAAAUUGUCGAGGAUCGUUGCUGCUUUUCUCCCUUGCGGCAUUUGACGAUAAUCAUGACGAACGAAGUCGAAAAAGACAUUGAAAAGGCCGAGAGCCAUUCAUCAAAUCAGGAUGAUGACAGCGCCACAGUCCACGAGGACUCGGGCUUCGAGCCCAUCCGCACGGGCGCCGCCGGUACACGGUCACUCCGUCAGUCGAGAUCAUUGACCCGGACGCGGUCACAAAACGGCUACAGCUGUGACGACUACCAAGAGGACGACAGCUCACCAAGAGAACCGGAAAAGGACCAGUAUGAAGUGACUUUCGAGGGCGGCGACAGCGAUCCCAUGAGUCCACGUAGUUUGGGCAAGGCGAGAAAGUGGCUCAUUGUAUCCAUUGUAUCGUGCGCGAGUUUUUGCGUUACAGCUGCAAGCUCCAUAUACACCUCGACGUAUGCCCAGAUGGAUGCAGAAUUCGGCAACUCCCGACUGGUGAGCACUAUUGGCCUGUCAGUCUUUGUUCUUGGCAUCAGCUUGGGCCCCAUGUUCCUGAGCCCUCUCAGCGAGUUUUACGGACGCCGGCCCAUCUACCUCGUCUCUUGGUCCAUGUAUGUCAUCUGGAUCAUCCCGUCAGCAGUCGCCAAGAACAUUGCAACCAUGAUUGUUGCCCGAUUUUUCGACGGUUUGUCUGGCAGUGCCUUCCUCGCCGUAUCCGGUGGCACAGUGAGUGACUUGUUUGCUCGUCAUGAGCUCCAAGCCCCUAUGCUCAUGUACUCACUUGCUCCCUUCAUCGGACCUUGCAUCGGCCCGCUGAUUGGUGGCUUCGUCAACUACAACGCACACUGGAGGUGGACGUACUAUGUCAUGAUCAUCUGGGCUUUUGCGCUUUUGGUCGCCAUUGUCGUAUUCGUCCCUGAGACUUAUCAUCCGAUCGUCCUGCGGACCAAGGCACGCAAGAUCCGAAAAGAGACAGGUGACGAGCGGUGGAAGGCCCCUGUUGAGAACAUGACCAAGUCUGUCAUCAAGACAAUCGGCAUAUCCUUGAUGCGUCCCUUCCAGCUCAUUGCCUUUGAACCCAUGGUCCUCAGCCUCGAUAUCUUCUCGGCCAUUCUCUUGGGUAUUCUGUACCUUUUCUUCGGCGCAUUCCCCCUCGUCUUCACAACGAUCCAUGGCUUCAACCUAUGGCAAGUCGGUCUCACCUUCCUGGGUAUCCUCGUGGGUAUGUUCCUUGCCGCCGCCACGGACCCCUUGUGGCACCGUAUCCGUAGUCGACUCAUGGCCGACUUGGAGAAGGAGACGGGCGUCAAGGGUGCCAGCGAGCCAGAGUUCCGCCUUCCACCAGUCAUCCUGGGGGCCUUCCUCUGUCCCAUUGGCAUCUUUUGGUUUGGAUGGAGCCUUCAUGUGCACUGGAUCAUGCCCAUAAUUGGAUCCGCCAUUUUUGGAGCUGGGACUCUCCUCGUCUUCACUGGAAUCUUUACGUUUCUUGUUGAUGCUUAUCCUUUAUACGCCGCCUCGGCCCUCGCAAGUAAUGCGUUUGUGCGAUGCAUGUUCGCUGCCGCAUUCCCGUUGUUCGGAACGCAAAUGUAUAACAAGCUUGGAUAUUCUUGGGCUUCGUCACUGCUCGCCUUCUUGACGGUGGCCAUGCUCCCGUUCCCGUACAUCUUCUUCAAGUAUGGCAAGAAGAUCAGAAGUCGUAGUCGGUUCGCCACGCGGGCGUGAGACAAGGCGGCAGAGGGAAGAAGUCCACCACGGACAAAAAGAAAGUUGACGAGGGUGACAAUGCAACGAGAGAUUCAGCGAAGGCCGGUGAAGGAUCAGGCGUGGACGGCACCGCACAGACUUUCCGCAUCGGUGUGGAGGACUAGCAAAGAGGCUGCCGGACUGUGAAUGGUUGACAGUGACCGCAUCUCGCCUCGCUGCCGGUCUUGUUGGUUGUGGGUGCCCAUCUUGCCAUGAUGAGCGCGUUCCUGACCCAGGCAGUCGAGCUGGGCUGCCACUCUGCAUUAUUGGACGACUAGUGAGCGGGAGUCGGCGCGCAACAGAUGCGGCUGUUGAUCGCGUCGAUCGUCAUGAGGUGGACGGCAGUAACCGUCUACAAGUGCCCAAAGUGUCGGGCUGUCAUUGAUGGAAAGGUCAUCAGGCAGCCAUAGCGAGAAGGCUGGAUGGUAACGCGGCAUACGGAGGCUGGCCGAGUGGCUGCCAGUGACGGGCGAGAAGCCUUGGUUGAUUUUGUGCUCACAUGCAAUGAGAUACCCCGAGCGGUUGAUGGGCUGCAGAUGGAUAGACAGACCGGUGCUCGGCACGUCGGCUAGAACCAACGUUACUUAAUGCGAUGAUACCACCCUCAUCCUCAGCGAGCCGUGGCACGUAUAGCAGUGUCACGACUGUCCAGGGACGUGAAGCUGGGUGUAAGUCGUCACUCGGCCCUCGGCUUGGCUUGUCUUGGGACCAGGCAAACUGCGGACUGCGG